UACAGUUUGUUUCCCAUUGAGUUCUCAUUUCAAAACUGUCCAAAUCAAUGAAAAACACAAAGUUCAAAGUAGAAGAGGAUAUGCUGCCAAACGGUUCAAAUCCAGACAGAAGGAACCUUUCUGAUGAUUCCAGAUUUCACGCACAGUGAUCCAGAGGGAUUAACUUUAUGAUUACGAUUUUACCCUGAAGUCUUGAUUAUAUAAGCAACAUCUCCACUACUAUUCUGUUUCGAGAAGCCUCCAUCACCACCAAGCUUCUCUUUUCACCGACAUCAGAACUACCCAUGGACAUAAAUACCGAUCAAGGCUUGCUCCCAAAUUGUGAUUCGCUUGAUAGCCUCUGUAUUCUGAAGAGUGGUUUUCUUUUUUAAUUCAGGAUUUCUAUAAUCUGAUUGAUGUGUACCUCGAUGCUGUGUUCUUCCCAAAAUAUGUUAAGAAUUUCCAAACUUUCCAACACGAGGGCUGCCAUUCUGAGCUCCACAAUCUUUCUGAAGACAUCUUAUAAAGGUUGGAUAUAAUUAGAAGUGCCCAUUUUACUUCUGUUCCCUUUUUAGAUUCUCACUUCAGCAAAAUUUCAUUUUUUUUUUCAAGGGUUGUUUUCAAUGAGAUGAAAGGACUGUACUCCCAACUUCAUAACAUAUUACAGUGGAUUGCUCAACAUCCUAAUAUCCUCUUUGGAAAUCUGGAUUUUCACAUCCUUAUUCCCUAAUUAUUGAGUAUCAAUGUUCCUGUUGAGUUCUCAUUAUUCUCUUGCUGGUUCCAAAUGAACAAAGGUAGAUACUCACUCUCCCUUCAUCCUGUCCCUUACCUACCUCCUACUCCCCAUCUCUUAUCUUAUAUCCUCUCUUAAAUGGCAUUAUGUAAUAUGAACUGUUACCCUGAAUUUGUUUAUUGAACUGCUUGCGAGGUGAAUUCUAUCAUACUAUGUAACUAAUUGACAGGAAAGUUAUCAAUCUUGGGAUUUAAUUUUAACAGAUAAAUCUGAGUUGAAUGUUAUAUGUAAUUUGUAUGUCUAAACCAGUAACCUUUCUCAACUUACUAUGUACUGGUUACACUGAUGUUUCUAUAAUGAUGUAAUUAGAGUUCAUAACUUUUAGGUUUUGUUAAGGAGCAUGCUCUUAGUAAUUAGUAUACCAGUCCUCUAUGUUGUUGAUAGGCUAAGCUUCAGAAUCAUCUUUAUUAUAGUUAAUUAUUAUAUUACUUGAAUAUUGAAGGGCCAUUCGAGUCUGUGAAAGACUUUGAGUGCCACCAGCUUUUUGUCAUGUUGCUCGAUUUAUGUAGUAAUUCCAAAGUGUUUACUUUGCAAUUGAAAGGGUGCCCCAGGUUUGCUUGGAAGGUUGACAGCAAUGGGUGUCUACCGCUGCAUAUAGCUUGCGAAAAAGGUCACUUAGAGAUAGCAAGAACACUGUUGAUGAUUGAUCCAGACCUUGCUCUUGAAUUUGACCAUUAUCAUUACACACCAGUACACUUGGCUGCAAUGGUCAAAUCAAAAUCCUUGAGGAACUUCUUUUGUGCUCUCCCAAAUGUUUAGCAAGGCUCAUAAGAGAUAGAGAAACUGUGUUAUAAUAAUACCUAUCUCCUCAACCAGGCUGACAAGCAUGGUAACACAAUCUUACAUCUUGCUGUCUCUGCAGGGAACAUUACAGUAAGUUGUUGCCUAUUCUAUUUUAAAAUUAUUGGUUGGUUGCCUUAGUUACUUCAACUUUGUAUGAUCCUAAACUAUGUCAAAUUGUUAGUUGUCGGAGCACAUAAUCAGGAAUACUACAGUUGAUGUCAAUUGUAGAAAUCAAAGAGGUCAAACAGCAAUGGACAUCUUAUGCCAGCAAAGAAGAGCGUCGGAUGUCAGAAACAUGUUGAAGAGUUUUGGUGGCAGGAAGAGCACUGAGCUGUUGUCUUUAACACCAAAGAUUGAUGAGAUAGAUUAUGAGACUACAACAAUGUCAGAACGUCCUAGAGUUGUACUUGAGCAAGAAUUUGAAAUGCUUUUUGAAGGCAUCACACAUCCGGGAAGUGAUCAAUAUGAUUGUGAAAUUGGUAUGGGGCGUAUGGCUAUAAAUGAUCAACCAAUGGAAGAUUUCACUGUCGUACAAGAAAAGAUGAAUCCAUGUCAUCAAGUUUUGAUGAACUCUGACAAUCUUUUUGGCCCCGAUUGUUUUAAAUCAAGAAUGAGCAGCAUCUUCCAAAGCCAAGAGGACAAAACAAAGUGGGAAAAACUAGGCAAUAUGAGAUAUAUAGAGAGAGGCACUGCAAAAUACCAGGGACAUAAUAACAUUAGUUGCCGUUCUAAUUGCCUCAGGUACUUUCACUACUGGUAUAAAUCCUCCUGGUGGUGUCUACCAGGAGGGCCAGCUUAAAGGACAGUCAACAGUUGGCAGAACAACAGCUUUUAUGGUCUUUGCAAUAUGCAACACAGCAGCACUUUUCAUAUCUAUGUGCAUUGUCAUUGUCUUGGUCAGCAGCAUUCCCUUCCGACGAAAACCACUAAUGAAACUACUGGUGGUUGCUCACAAAGUAAUGUGGGUGGCGGUGUCACUAAUGGCCACAGCUUAUGUCGCAGCCAUGUGGAUGAUCAUGCCACACGGUGAAGGUGUAAAUUGGACCCUUGAAGUAGAGAUAUCUGUGUGUGCAGGGCCUAUGGGAUCUGUUUUUUUAUUCCUUGGUGUCACAUGGACCAGACACUGGUUGAUGAAGUUCAAGUGGGGGAAGCAGAGAGGUAAAACUACAGAGGAAAGAGCACAUAAACAAGCUGUACGAGCACAGAAAAGAACAGAGGAUACACCAGAAAACAACUCAUCAUUAUCCACCAACUUCAUUGCUUGGAGUUUCGAAGAACUAGGAUAUCAUACGUACUGAACAAAGAAAAAUGGAGAAAUAUAUUGUGUUCUUCUCAAUCCAAUGGAACAUGAAGAUGGAGUUUACUGUGAAAUUUACUCAGGGCCUAAUUCAAGGUUAGGCUAUGCUUUUUGCUAGACUGGCCUUUCUGUAAUAUUCUUACCGUAUGUCGCUUGUAUUUAUUCUUAAUGAGUUAAUGUUGUUGGCCUAAUACAAGUAAUAAAUUAAAUAAACUAGAUAACCAAGGAAUAUGAGAUUAGGAGUAGUUGAUGGGGACCAAUCGAUGUACCAACUGUUGAAGGCUGACACGUGUUUGUGGUAUGUGAUCGAGGUCCAGGAGAAAGAAAUUCAUACCAGACAAUAAUCAUGUGUUGUGUUUGUAUGUGAUCGUUUUUCCUAUUUAUCAAUUCUGAGUAUAAAUUCAAAAAUUAAGGUGUUUUUUGUUGAUCUUUUGGUUUUUGAGAAUCUCAUUCUAAAUCAAAGCCAAUCUGAACCGAAAAAAAAAAAUGGAAGAUUGAUCAGGAUACAGUUGAUUAUUUUUUUCGAUGAAGUUGUGUGGUGCUACACUGCUACUGGUGUUCGAAAUGGUGGUGGGGUAGUAACCAUUGCUAUUUAGGAAUUGAAAGGAAUAAUACAGUAAUUUUGUUAAUGUAUACAGCUAUGCUAAUGUACUGUUAUGUUAAUGAGCUACAUGCUAGGGUACAGUUGAAAAGAGAGAAUGCAAACCAGCUGUGAGGUUGUGAAAGAAUGGAAGAUUGGUUGGGAUUUCUAUUUGGGAAUUGAAAGGAGUACAUUAAUUUCUCUGCAACUUCUCAAGUGUUUCAUGAAUAAUUGCCCGGACGUAUGAACUGGACAUUCCAGAACUAGGAUAUUUCCUAAGAGGUGCUGAGAAAGUAAUGAUUUUGUUUGACUUGUUAAACAGAACUGAUUGACUAUUCCAGCUUGAGUAAAUGAUGGGUUAGAAAGGGGACUAAAUAAGUAGGAUUAGACUGGAGACCUCGACUUGGACAUCUUCGAAGUCUUUUCCUCUUCUUAGCUGCAGCAGAUGUCCUAAGCAUUGGAGUAUUAUAUAAAUCUGCUAUUCCGCAUUACUGAUUGUAAAUGUGGUUGUGAGACAGGCUCUACUCCUAUUUUUUUUUUUUCAUUUAAAAAGUUUAAAGAAAUGAUUCCAGGGCUAUUUGAAGCAAUUGCAAGAAAUGACACGCGGACUUUCAUCGACUUGGUUGAAAACAAUGGAGGUUCUCUCAUUCAGAAAACUGAGGAAACAAAAAACUCGGUGUUACACCUUGCUGCAAGGUUCGGCCACGUUGAGCUGGUUGCCUAUAUCACUAAGCGGCUUCCUGACUUGGUUUCCGUUGGAAACAUUAAGGGAGAAACUCCAUUACAUGAAGCUUGUCGCCAAGGGAAUACCAGUGUUGUAAAGCUGCUGUUAGAGGUCAAUCCAUAUGUGGCUUGUAGUCUGAACCACGAAAUGCAAACUGCUUUCUACAUGGCUUGUAGUCAUGGAAAUGUUGAUGUUGUGAAGCACAUGACAAACCAACCAGGGGUGUUAGACGCUGAAGAACAUGAAGUCUGCAGCCCUCUACAUCUAGCUAUAGCAGAAGGCUUUAUCGAUAUUGUUAAGAGUAUUUUAGAAGCUUGCCCCAAGUUUGCUUGGAAGGUUGACAGCAAAGGACUUUUGCCGCUCCAUUUGGCUUGCGAAACAGGUCACGUAGAGAUAACAAGAACACUCUUGACGAUUGAUCCAAACCUUGCUCUUGAGUUUAACCCUUACGGUUACACACCACUACACUUGGCUGCGAUGAAUGGUCAAAUCCAAAUCCUUGAGGAACUUUUACUUUGCUCUCCCAAAUCUUUAGAACUUCUCACACGAGACAGGGAAACUGUCUUUCAUCUUUCAGUAAGAUUCAACAGAUACAGUAUGUUUACCUCCUUGGCAAAGAAUUAUAAUGACACUAACCUCCUCAACCAGGCUGACAAGCAUGGUAACACAAUCUUACAUCUCACCGUCGCUGCAGGGAACACUAGAUUAUCGGAGUACAUCAUCAGAAAUACUACGGUAGAUGUCAAUUUUAAGAACCAAAGAGGUGAAACAGCAUUGGACAUCCUAAAUCAGCAAAGAACAUUAUCUGAUCUUAGAAACAUGUUGAAGAGUUUUGGUGGCAGGACAAGUACUGAGCUGUUCCCUUUAACCCCAAAGGUUGAUGAGAUAGAUUCUGAGACUACAACAUUAGAAAGUCCUAGAGCUGCACUUGAGCAAGAAUUUGAAAUGCUUUUUGAAGGUAAUAUGCAACCAGGAAGUGAUCAAUAUGAUUGUGAAAUUGGCAGGGGGCGCAUGGCUAGAAACUGUACUGGUGUUAUCCCAUUCAUGAUGGAUUCAAUCCUCAGAAAUAAUCAACCACUGGAAGAAUUCACUACAGUACAAGCGAAGAUGAAUCCAUGUCAUCAAGUUGUGAUGAACUCUGAUAAUGAUUUUGGCUCAAAUUCUUCUAGAACAAGAAUGAGCUCCCAAGUCUCGAAUCCAAAGCAGGUUCCGAAGACAAGAGGAAAAAAUAAAGUGGGUAAAACUAGGCAAUAUGAGAUCUAUAGGGAGGCAUUGCAAAAUACUAGGAACACUAUCACAAUAGUUGCUGUUUUGAUUGCCUCGGUUACUUUUACUGCUGGCGUAAACCCUCCUGGUGGUGUCUACCAGGAUGGACGGCUUAAAGGACAGUCAACUGUUGGCAGAACAACAGCAUUUAAGGUCUUUACAAUAAGCAACACAGCAGCAUUGUUCAUAUCCAUGUGCAUUGUCAUUGUGUUGGUGAGCAUCAUUCCCUUCCGGCGAAAAUCACUGAUGAAACUACUUGUGAUUGCUCACAAAGUCUUGUGGGUGGCGGUUUCCCUCAUGGCUACAGCUUAUAUUGCAGCGUCAUGGAUAAUCAUGCCACAUGGACACGGUGAAGGAGAAAACUGGACCCUUGAACUUGUGAUAUCUGUGUGUGCAGGGACUAUGGGAUUUGUUUUUCUUUGUCUUGGUGUCACAUGGACUAAACACAGGUUGAUGAAACUGAAAUGGAGGAAACAGAUAUGUAAGACUGCAGAGGAAAGAGCACAUACACAAGCAGCACUAGCACAAGAACAAGCACAUAAAAGGGCGCAGCAAAUAACACAGGAUACUCCAGAAUACAGCUUUUCAGUAUCCAUGAACGACCAUGCUGAGGGUUUCGAAGAACUAGGAUGCCAUACUUACUGAACAACAAGAAGUGGGAAAAUUGCUUGUGUUCUUCCCAAAGUCUAAUGGAACAUAAACAUGGAGUUUUUUGUGUAGUUCACUCGGCACCUAACUCUGUAAAGCUAUUAGUAUCUUCAUUUUUAUAAGAUUUUUAAGCUAUUAGUACAGGCUUUUUAAACUUUUGUAUAGGCUUUUAUCAUUUUUAUCUCUCUCGUUCUACGGUUUGGUUCUAGGGUUAGGGUUUUCUUUUGGGUGAGAGAUUCAGCGGGCAAAUUCACAAGAUCCUAUGUGACGGGGGAUAUCGAUGUGAUCGGUUAUUUUUAUGCCAAUAAUUUUCUUACUACCAAUUAUGAAUGCCACUUGUAGUUCAAGGAAGUAGGGUCUCUCGCAGAGGAUUAUUGGAUCUAAAUGUUUCAAAAAAGAUUUGAUUUUGGAUUGGUUUUGAAAACAAAUAACUAGGAACGACAAAAAUUAAAGCAAUAUUAAAGUACGUUGUGAGAAAGAAAAAAAUUCAGCAACGUCCCCACACUAUUGUGUCAA